AUGUCAUGUCCCGACAGCCGCGACAGCGCCGCGUUCCUGAUGGAGAAUUUCCCCGACAAAUUCCCGCCGAUUUUCGGCGAUUUGGGCAACUCGGGGCUCCCCAAAAACCACGAGGCCUCUUUGGGUUCAUUCCCCCCGUUUUUGGCUCAUCUGGAGCCCUGGGCCGAGCCCAAAUUCCGACCUGUCGGCGACAUGGGGCGAGCAAAACCCUGCGGCUACCACGAGCCCGGUUUGGGCGAGCUGGCGGCUCCCGAUUGUUGCCGAUUUUUGGAGAAAAGCCCCGAGCAAGAAUUCCCAAAUUUCCCGCUGGAAGAGCCCCCCGAGAGGGUUUCGCCGCGAUUUUAUCGCGAUUUUGUCGCCGCGGAUUCGCGAGUGAAAGAGGAGAAAGGGAAAAAAAAAGAGGAGGAAAAAAGGAGUGAAAAGCGGGAAUUGAGCGGCGAGAAUUCCGACAGCGAGGGGAAAGGAGGAGGAGGAGGAGGAAGAGCCGAGGCCUCGGAGGGCGCGGGCGGGACGUGGCUGCGGGCGCGCAGCGGGAGGAAGAAGCGCUGCCCGUACACCAAGCACCAGACGCUGGAGCUGGAGAAGGAAUUCCUGUUCAACAUGUACCUGACCCGCGAGCGCCGCCUGGAGAUCAGCCGCAGCAUCGCCCUCACCGACCGCCAGGUCAAGAUCUGGUUCCAGAACCGCCGCAUGAAGCUCAAGAAGAUGAACCGCGAGAACCGGAUCCGCCAGCUCAGCUCCGCCUUCGGCUUCAGCUGAGCCCCCUCCCCCUUCAGCCAC